AUGAAUGGCAAUGGCACUAAUAGCCACAGUGAUUAAUGGACAUAUAUUGUCCUUCCUACCUGAGAAUAGCCUGGAAAAAUAUCUCAUGUACAUCGGGGUUUUAUAUUUGUCCGUUUUGGGCUGGUCUCCGGAUGGUUUUAUGCCUCAUCUGCUCUUGAGUCUGUGCUGCGAGAGCCAUUAAAGAAAAUAGUGCUGCCGACGUCAUCGACACGAGCAGAAAAAUCAAGUGAUACGUUCGCGAGCAUCGGAAAAAGCGCGACAAGACGUGAAACGUGGUGUGUGUUAUUAUCCAAAGAGUACAGACGACACAAAUUCAACACUAAUAAUUAACUAUAUGUAAUUCACUGUUACUUGUAGUUUCUACGUUAACGGGGAACAUUACACGCGCACUAUUAUCCAUGUAUCCUAGAAACGCUAUUCAUUUCGCAUAGCGUAGCUUCAGUAAAAGGCUGUUUUAUCCAGAUACUCGUCUAACGCUGUGCCGUUUUCUUUACAGAAUAUAACGGGCAACAUAAGCUACCGGAUCAGUUUCCAUGGUCUAAAUAAACAUUUCCACCAGGAAACACGUUGUUCCUCAUCCUCAGCACUCAUCACUGCAAAACUACCCGGAUGUCGGCCGCAUGUGUGUGCUAACGUGGCUAAAGUCAGCUGUUGAGCUAACGACACACUUCCUCCUUAUCUUAAAUCUUCAGGACAGCGGAUUAAAAUGUUUGGGUCCUCCAGAUCGGGAGGUGUCAGAGGAGGUCAGGACCAGUUCAACUGGGAUGACGUGAAGGGCGAUAAACACAGAGAAAAUUAUCUCGGGAACUCUUUGAUGGCACCAGUAGGACGAUGGCAAAAAGGCAAAGACCUGUCAUGGUACGCGAAAGACAAAAAAGGCGGUGCACCUUUGUCCAAAGAGGAAGAAAUUGCUGCCGUCAAGGCUGCAGAGCAUGAAGCACUGAUGGCUGCCCUAGGGCACAAGAAUAUAAAGAGGCAACCAACUGGCCUGACCAAAGAGGACCUUGCAGAUGUCUGCCGGAGGGAAGAGGUAGAUGGGGAAGAGAGAGAUGUGGACCGUGUCUCAGGCUUGGGAAGCUCCAGCGCAGGGUCAAGGAAAAUGGUGCUCUCCCAAAAAGAAAAGGAGGCUGCUAAAAUAGGCCUGCCUGUUUUUACACACUGCAAAACAGAAAGUCGCCCAGAAUCCUCAGCAACAAAGACGCCUGAGAGUGUAGAAAAGGAAGUGGAACAGCGGCACGAGAGCAAAAAGAAAAAGAAAGAGAAAAAGGGCAAGAAGGAGAAAAAGAAAAAGGAGAAAAAGAAGAAAAGGCAAAGAAGAGACUCGUCCUCCUCGGAGCCAGACGACGACAGAAAGAGGCACAGAAAGGACCACCAUCAUCAUAAUCCAUCAUACCAUAGUCAGAGUGGAGCCAAACCCCAUGACAGCCAUUCAAGGGGGGGAGCAAAGGCCGAGCGCGAGCCCUCCUACCCCCAUCAUCGACAACAGCGGCAUGACACAGACUCCUCUGAUGGGGGGUCUCCUGUCCCCCGUAACCCUGUCAGCCACAAGACAGCCCCUGCUGGUCACACACAAAGCCACAGGCGGCGCCACGACACAGACUCGGACAACUAAUGUCCUCCUCACCCCCCCAAUUCAAAAGAUGCAUAACGCGGACAGACCGCUCUACAGCAGCCUGAGUGGCCCCGAAGACCUCAUUUACCCUGAACAGCCAAACGGACUGUGGAAGGAAACAGGUCCAUUCGUCUGACUCACAGGCCUCCUGUUUGUAAUUCCUAUACAGAAUCAGUUGGUUGUCGUGACGCAACGUUUUUUUUGUGUGUGUUUGAACAGAAUUUAGUUUUGAAAGAAAACACAUGAAUUUGAUCAAACCUUAAAAAAAUGAACAUUUUCUUAAGAUUGUGAAUUUUAUUUUUGAUCUCUUUAGUACAAAACACGGUGCAAGAUAAUGUAAAAUGUAUUCUGAUGUCUGGUAGCUUUUACUGAUUUUUACUUUGACUUUUUUACAGACUGAGAACAUGUUUUGAUGCAUGCAGAAAAAUAUCCACCUUUUAUUGUCUGCCCAAAGUAUUUUCUUGAAAACAGUUUUCCUGAUAAAUAAAAGAUCAAAUUCAUAACUAA